UUAAGAGCACCAGCUGAGUCAGACAGACCCGAGUGACAAGCUCAGCUUCACUCCCUCUCAGCUGGGAGAGCCAAGAUUUUUCUUGCCACUUGGGCUUCAGCAGGACCCCUGAGAUCAUCCUCUCCACACUAUCCUCUGGCCAUGGCAGAUACAUCAAUACCCUUACAUUCACUGCGAUUCAACACUAUGCCGAAGGAGGAAAAUGUCGUCCCCCAAAACAGGGGGACGACCAUCUCUGGACCAAUGAUAGAGUCAAGAGCAGAGGCUCAAAUUCUGCAGUCUUGUGUACAGCCUAUAGUCUCAACUUCAGCGUCAGACCCUGGAGGGAUGUCGACACAGCUGAUGACAUCCCCAGCCUUUGACACCAUGUCCACACCUCUAAUGGGAGCAUCAAACUCUGGAGCACUGUCCCCACUGCUAAUGCCAGCCUCAGACGCUGGGGCACUGUCCCCAUUGCUAAUGCCAGCUUCAGAUUCGGAAGGAUUGUCUCCAUUGCUAAUGCCGACCUCAGACUCUGGGGCAUUGUCCCCAUUGCUAAUGCCAGCCUCAGAUUCUGGAACGUUGUCCCCAUUGCUGUCCACUUCAGACUAUGGAUUAAUGUCCCCAGGACUGAUGACAAUCCCUGACUUUGGAACAGUGUCCACAGCACUAAUGGCAGGACCAGAUUCUGCAGAGAUAUCACCAUUGGCUAUGCCGGCUCCAUCCUCUGGAGCGAUGUCUUCACCUAUAAUCACUUCAUCCUCUGAAGACAUGUCCACACCGUUGAUGCUAGCCCCAGAUCUUGGAGAGAUAUCCCCACUCCUAAUGCCAGAUGUAAACCCUGGAGUGAUGUCCACACAGCCAGUGCCAGCUCCAGGCUCUGAAGCAAUGUCACCAUUGCAAAUUACCGAUGAAGACACUGAAGCAAUGUCCAAAGUGCUAAUGACUGCACUGGCCUCCGGAGAGAUAUCUUCACUGCUAAUGUCAGGCACAGACUCUGAGGCGAUAUCCUCACUAAUAAUGUCAGCCCUGGCUUCUGGAGCAACGUCAACCCAGCCAACAAACACCCAAGACUCUGGAGAAAUGUCCACCCAGCUAAUGUCAGGCCCAGACUCUAAAGUAGUGUCUUCACCGCGAGUGUCAGCUCCAGGCUCUGGAGCAAUGUCCACACUGCUCCUGUCAGUCCCAGAUGCUGGAGAAAUGUCCACAUUGCCAAAGCCAGCCCCAGAUGCUGAAGCACCGUCCCCACUGCUAAUGUCGGCCCUAACCUCUGGAGUGAUGCCCACCCAGCUGAUGCCAGCCCAUGGCUCUGGGGUGAUGCCCCCACAAUUAACACAAAAUCUAGACUCUCAAAUUACAUCUACUCCACUGAUGAGAACAGCAGCUUCUGUGACAAUGUCUACACCACCAGUGAGAGCCUCAGACCCUGGAGCAAUGUCCACACCACGAAUGAGAACCUCAGGCUCUGGAAAUAUGUCUACAUUGCUAAAGACAGUCCCAGAUUCUGGAGCAUUGUCCACUCCACUGAUGACAGUCACAACCUCUGGAGCAAUGUCCAUGGAGCAAAUGUCAACCACAGCCUCUAGAGUGAUGUCCACACAGUUAACAAUGGCCAGAACUUCUGGAGCAACAUCCACAGGCUUUACCAAAGCCACAGCCAAUGGGGCAAUGUCCACACUGCGAACAAGAGCCCCAGCUUCUGGAAUGAGGUCCACGUCGCUAAGGAGAGCCCCAGCUUCUGGAGCAAUGUCCACACAGACAAUUACAGCUCCAGCCUCUGAAACAAAAUGUAUGCUACAACUGACAGCCCCAGCCUCUGGGUCAAUGUCCACACUGCAAACAAGAGCCCCUGUCUCUGGAGCAAUGUCCAUGUCACAAAGGAGAGCCACAGCCUCAGGAGUGAUGGCUGUACCACAAAUGAAAGCCUCAGCCUCUGGAGCAAUAUCCACCCCACUGCUGACAGCCAAAGCAUCUGGAGCAAUGUCCACACCGUUAAUGAGAGACACAGCCUCGGGAAUGAUGUCCGUGCCACGAAUGAGAGCUAUGGCCUCAGGAGCAUUGUCCAAGCCACUAAUGACAUCCAAAACCUCAGGAGCAACAUUCGGGCAGCAAAUGACAACCGCAGCUUCUGGAGAGAUAUCCGCAAUGCUAAUGGGAGACACAACUUCUGGAGCCAUGUCCAUGCAGCAGAUGACAGACGCUGCCUCUGCAGGGAUGUCCACACCACUAAUGAGGGCCCCAGCCUCUGGAGACAUGUCCAUACCACAAAUGACAGCCACAGCCUCUGGAACUAUGUCCACACCUCUCGUGAGAGCUCCAGGCCCUGGAACAAUGCCCACAGCAGUAAUGAGAGCCACAGUCUCUGGAAAGAUGCCCAGUCAGCCAAUGAGCACUCAAGAUUCUCCAGGUAUGUCCAGGGUGCUCAUGAGAUCUGUGACCUCUGGAGGGAUGUUCCCACUGCAGAUACAGGCCCUAGCCUCUGAAAUGAUGUCCACACCAAAAGUGAGAGCCCCAGCCUCUGGGGCAAUGUCCACACCACGAAUGAGAGCCUCAGACCCUGGAGACAUGUCCACACUACUCACAAGAACUUCAUCCUCUGGAGAGAUGUCCCCACCACUAACGAGACCCCCAGCUUCUGGAGAGAUAGCCACACCUCUGAGAGCCCCAGCUUAUGGAGCAAUGUCUACUCCACAAAUGACAGCCACAGCCUCUGGAAUGAUGUCCAUGCCACAAAUGAGGGCUCCAAUAUCUGGAGUGAUGUCCACACCACUAAUGAGAUCCAUGGCCCCUGGAGUGAUGUCCAUGCCUCAAAUGACAGCCACAGCCUCUGGAGGGGUGUCUAUGCCACUGAUGAGAGCCCCAGCCUCUGGAGCAACGCCCACAUCACAAGUGAUGCCCACAGCUUCUGGAGAGAUGUGCACACUAUCACUGCGGGCUCCAGCCUCUGGAGUGAUGUCCCCACCACUAUUAAGGGCUCCAGUCUCUGGAGGUAUGUCCACACCACUAAGGAGAUCCUCAGCCUCUGAAGCUGAGUCCACAGAGUUAAUGAGAGCUCCAGCCUCUGGAAAGAUAGCAACUGCACAAACGACAACUAUGGCCUCUGAAGGGAUGUCCAAGACAUUAAUGAGAGCCACAGCCUCUGGAACAAUGCCCAUGCCAUUGAUGUCACCCGUGGCUUCUGGAGAGACAUCCAUGCCACUAAUGAAAAGCAUGGCCUCUGGAACAAUGUCCACACUGCAAACAAGAGUCCUGAGUUCUGGAUCUACACCCUUGCCGCAAACAAUAUAUGCAACUUCUGGAGGGAUGCCCACACCGCCAAUGAGAGCCUCAGCUUCUGGAGCAAUGUCCACACCACUUUUGAGAGCCUCAGCUUCUGGAAUGAUGUCCAUGCCACUUCUGAGAGCCGCAACCUCUGGAGGGGUGUCCAUGCCACUAAUGAGGGCCCCAGGCCCGGGGGCCAUGUCCACACCACAAAUGGCGGUCACAGCUUCUGGAAUGAUGUCCACUCUAGAAAUCAAAGCCACACACUCUGGAGAAAAAUCUGCCUCUCACGUCAACAUCACAGCCUCUGGUUCAAAGUCCACACCACAUGUGACUGCCACAACCCCAGAAACAAUGAAUCCACCACCAAAGGAAGUCCCAUCCUUUGGCAUGCUGACCCCAGCACUCUGUUACCUCUUAGAAGAACAGGAAGCAGCCCGGGGUUCAUGCCCUGUGGAGGAGGAGGUGGAGAUUGACGAGGAGAAGCAAAUGAAGGUAUUUUUGGACGAUUCAGAGAAAAUGGCAUUUCUGGUGUCUCUUCAUCUGGGGGCAGCAGAGCGGUGGUCCAUCUUGCAGAUGGAGGUAGGAAACCCUGUCUCAGGUGAAAAUAAAUCUUUCCUGAGCAGAGCGCAGGGCUUAUAUGACUCCCUAUCUGAGAUAGACAUCCUCAGUGCUGUUCUUUGCCAUCCCAAGCAGGGCCAGAAGUCAGUCAGGCAGUAUGCCACUGACUUCCUGCUGCUGGCCCGACAUUUGUCUUGGUCUGAUGCCAUUCUGCGGACCAGGUUUCUGGAAGGACUCUCAGAAGCUGUUACCACCAAAAUGGGCCGGAUCUUCCUGAAGGUGGCCGGCAGCCUAAAGGAGCUGAUAGACAGGUCUCUCUACAUCGAGUGCCAGCUGGCUGAAGAGAAGGAUUCCCCGGGCAGCUCAAGCCAGGUUCUGCUGUCAGCCUGUAAGCGGAAUAAUGAGGAAGCAAUGGAGAAUGAACUGAACUCUCAUCAGCAGACUGAGGAGCACCAUCAUGUUCCCAAACGCUGUUACUACCUGAAAGAGCAUGGAGAUCCUCAAGAGGGUCUACACGACCACCUUCGACAGAGCACAGGCCAUCAGAAGGCCCCCACCGACAAGUAACGCUCCCUGGAGUCUUCUCCUGUGAGAUCUGACUCAGCUGCUAACUUGAGGACUGAUUCCUGGACCCAUUCCAUUCAAUUACAUUAUACACCUUGUGGCCUUCCCUCUCCAAGCACAUUUCACCCCAUCUCCCACUUGGCUGACUUGACCUUGCC